AUUCCCACCUCUGGAGCUGAAGAUGAUGAAACAUGCCUGACAUUUGUUUUACAUGAAGAAGAUCAUACCUUAGGAAACUCACUUCGUUAUUUAAUUGCAAGAAAGUAUGUGAAAUUAUACUGUUAUGGUUAAGAAAUUUAUAUGAAAGAAAGUAAUGUCACAGUUGUUGUCAGAAUAGCCUAUAGGCUACAGCAUACUAUAUAUUUAAUGUGAUCACCAAUUUAACACAGCUUGUAUUUCUCAAUAUCAAAAUCAUGUCGGUGGUUCUAUGCCUUUAUACAGGGUAAUUUGUACAAAAUGUGAAAGUCCAUGAAUUUGAAAACAAAAAUUCAAGAUCUUGAAAGUUCUUGAAUUUAUACAGAAGCACUUGCAUGUCCUUAAAUUCUUCUUGCUUUAGUUUUUGGAUAUUUUCUGAUGAAUUUGGAAACAAAAAUUCAAGAUCUUGAAAGUUCUUGAACUUAUACAGAAGCACGUGGAUGUCCUUAAAUUCUUCUUGCUUUUGUUUUUGGAUAUUUUCUGAAACUGUCCUUUGUUAAAUUGACUUUGUUCAUGUCUUACAAAACAGUUUGAUAUUCAUCACAUUUGUGAUUUGGACAAUGUAUAGCGUCACUUUUUAUUGAUUUUAAAUGCCGCCUUUUCAGCCCUUUAGUCCUUAAAUCAAAUUUCCUGAUACAUGUAACAUGGCCUUGAAAGUCCUUGAAAAAGUCGUCCUGUUUAUACUUGUAGAAACAUCUGUCAAACAGUAAAAAUGUAUAAUAUUGAAGGAACUAGAAAUCUCUGAGUCUAAAGUGUUUGCCGAUUGCCGAAUUACUUUUUAUUAUAUCAAUAUAUUUGUUUUAUAAUAUAGCACAAAGAAACAUAAAGAAAGAAAUUUUCCGACGUUUCCGUGUUGACAUUGAGUUAUAUCAACACGGCUCAUAGCCAAUCAGCGUUCAGAAUUUACAAAUGCUAUAUUAUAAUAUAUAUUGUAAAACACCGCUUCUCCCGUUGUACAAUUACGACGUCAUAUAGGGCCCCCCUGGGAACGUUUUACCCCGCGCAACCUCUCGGUGACCCUGAUCUAACCUACCCAAAUCAUUUUCAACGAUACGAAAACACCAAGAUCGUUUAUUAAGCUUGUGCCAAUGCAUAUGUGUGCCCACAAUGUGGUUGUUGUCUUGUGGGAGAGAUUUAUAUAUUUUGAGGGUACACAGUAAUAAUCAGUUGCAACACACUCGCCACUUGCAUCACAUGUGUUUUUCAGAAGACUUCGAAGCAUUGUUUCUUAACAUGUUAUGUAUAUCUGACUGACAACGUGUAGAAGUGAAAUUAUAGUUAGUUUCGAAAUCCAGACCAUGCAAUAAGUUCUUUUCCCAUCCAGGCAUCAUAAGAUGAUCUAAAUUACUAUAGUUAAAGAUAGAAAUAUUACAAAGCUGUGUGGAAGUAAUUUGUGAUAACUAUGCUUGUACACUGUUAGUUAUAUAGAUGUCAAAUCUGGUCGUGAGAGCAGGUAAUAUUGCAAUUAAUCAAUUAUUAAUCUAUUUUAGUCCUGACGUUGGUUUUUGUGGAUAUACUAUACCUCAUCCAUCAGAACAUAAAAUUAAUAUGAGGAUUCAGACGAAUGGUAAGUUUCUGACAGAUCAUUUUAAAUUUAAUUUGUGGGUACAAAUUUAAACCUUUACAUUACAACAUCUCCACGCAGCAACCAGCUUGCUGCAUGCUUGCCUUGCUAUCACUCAGCUACCUAAAUUUUAUAUCCCUGGGUCGUUUUUAUACCACGGGCCCCCCUGGAAAAUUUGAACUUCCCAGCACUGAUUAGCCAAAAUGCUCCCAUGCAUAACAGGCCAAAAGAAAGCGUAAACCUCCACCCUACUCUGUCUAAUAAACUACUGGUAUCGAUCGUCAUCCGUUAUGAUUUUAUAUCUUGGUGUAAUGUAAACAAACACUAAGUUUCUGAACCAAAACUAAAGCUAUACCUGUAAAGACUUGUUAGAGCACCUUGCCAUUGUGAAAUUGUUUCUUUUAGGUAUCCUUGCUGUUGAUGCGUUACGGAAAGGUCUGUCGGAUUUGUCUGAUCUUUGUGAUCACGUGCAAGAAAAGUUCAAGGUAUUGUUAAUCUUAGCUCGUUAAUAUUAAAUCACUUGCCACGAUGUUUUCGUAAGAAUCAGUUAUCCCUUCCUUAACAAUGCUUGUCUGACUGGUUGCAGAAAAGGCAAUUGGAGGGCAGGGGUGGCGGCGGAGGUGCUCUUUCGAUUUUAAAUAUUCGAGAUAUUUAUAGGCAUCAAGACAUGUAUACUUCACAGUGACCGUGUGCUAGAAAGGUGCAGGAUUAAUGUAUGAUGAAAUGACAAGUGACUGUUUACAUGAGGCGAACUAGCUUGACUAUCCGCGCUAAUUUAGGUCACGAAAAUAUUUCCUUUGCGACAAGAUAAGAUUUUGAUAUUUUACACCCAAUCUUAACAGAAUAUUUCUGUCAACCUUAUUUCAGGAAAGUCUUGUAAGACAUCGAAGAAAUUAGUUAGCUAGGUUAGCUCAUCUCAUACAAACGGCCGCUAAAUUAUCCCCCAUCCAUCUCAUUUAUUUGGGCAGUGUGAAGCUUGGCAGUUGUGAAGAGAGCAUUUAUUUUAUUGAAGUUUUUGAGGAUUUUUGAAUAAAUGGCGAGUUAGAAAAAUGUGGCUAACCCGCCAUUUAUUCAAAAAUCCUCAAAACUUUCAAUAAAUUAAAGCGACUGCUACGCAGGCUAGUAUAUCAAUGAAGUUGCCCUUUGACGAGUGUCUGUCGCUCCCAUUUUAUCAUCCUGGAAUGUCUGGCUUGAUACCAACUUCCGAUGGGACUAUAUGUUAUUUUCAGUUGUAUAUAUCGCAAUGUUUUUCUACUUAUGCUUUCUUUUUCAGGCAGCAGUUAAUAAUUUUAAGGAAGAAGAAAUAGCCAUGGAUGAUGAAGACUCCAAUAUGUCGGAUUAG